CCCGCAUUGCCUGAAUUCUCAAAAUAAGUAUAUGACAAAUCCGAAUCUCCUCCAGGAAAUCAGUUACAAUGGCUCGUAAGUCUAUAAUCGCUAACUUGUACUUCCUAUCGCAUUUCGUCCUCCAGCUCCUUGAAACUUCUGCAAAAGUACCGUCUAUCAUCGUGUUCGGGGACUCCUCUGUGGACUCCGGGAACAACAAUCACAUCUCCACCGUCGUGAAGAGCAAUUUCAAGCCAUAUGGACGGGAUUUCUAUGGCGGUCAAGCCACAGGACGGUUCUCGAAUGGCCGGGUCUGCUCAGACUUCAUUUCCGAGGCGUUCGAGAUCAAUCCCACAAUUCCGGCUUACUUGGAUCCAGCUUUUAACAUAACAGACUUCUCCACCGGAGUUUGCUUUGCUUCUGCUGGAACUGGAUAUGACAAUUCAACUUCUGAUGUUCUGUCGGUCAUACCUCUGUGGAAAGAACUGGAGUACUACAAGAAGUACCAGGAAGAGCUGAGGGCUUACAUGGGCAGAGUAAAAGCUGACAAUGUCCUGAGAGAGUCCCUUUACCUUAUCAGUGUGGGAACCAACGAUUUCCUCGAAAACUACUACCUGGUCCCGGGCCGGUCGCUGCAAUACUCGAUCGAGGGGUACCAGAGCUUUCUUCUUGGGAUUGCCAGGAACUUUGUCUCCGAGCUUUACGGUCUUGGGGCACGGAAGAUUUCACUCAGCGGGCUCCCCCCAAUGGGGUGCUUGCCACUGGAGCGGACCAGGAGCGUGAUGUUCGGGAAUCGUUGCGUCGAGAAGUAUAACAAUGUGGCUAAGGAGUUCAAUGGGAAGUUGGAGGAUUUGGUGGAGAAGCUCAACAAAGAGCUUGAAGGAAUUCAAGUAGUAGUUCCUAAUCCGUAUGGUAUCCUCUUCGAUAUCAUUCAGAACCCGGAGUCUUAUGGAUUCGAGAAUGCGGUGGAAGCAUGCUGUGGGACCGGUUUGUUCGAGAUGGGCUAUCUGUGCAACAAGAACAACCCGUUCACCUGUGCAGAUGCCAGUAAGUACGUGUUCUGGGAUUCCUUCCACCCGACGGAGAAAACUAAUGGGCUUGUUGCCCGCCAUGCCGUUAAGACUUGCCUUUACAAGUUUAUGUGAUUCCCAUUCACUAGUAUGGUGUCGGUUCAAUGCAACAUUGAACCCAAAAACGGGCUUUUACCCCUGUAAUGUAAUCCUCGCAUUCUAUAAAGCAGUGAUUCAUGAUCCGAA